AUGUCAACUUUAAAGAAAAAGUUGUUGCAGUAGUUGGUAUUACAAUAAAUGCUGGCAAGGCAACACCAGCUCCAUCAGUUGGUACAGUGCAUAUUCUAAAUGUUUUGUGUCAUUAUUGAAUUCUGUACAAAAUAAUAGGAUUUGAAUUACAUUUGGUCAAUUUGCACAUGUAGACAUUAAAAUCUAUAAAUGUUAAAGGUACAGCUCUCUCUAUAGGAGUAGAAGUCAUUCAAUAAAAUAUAAAAGACAAAUUAUCAUGUCACAAUUAGGAAGGAAAAUAAAAAAGGAAGAGAGAAGAUGCCUUAAUCUCAAGAUAGACAUGCAGUUGCAAUUGAUGCAUUACAACAAUAUAAAACACAUGCAGCAAAAUUUGAUGAAUCAGUAGAAGUAGUAUUUAAAGUAAGUAUUGAUCCAAGCAAAUCUAGCGUUACUAUGCCAAAUGGUACUGGUAAAACUAAAAGAUUACUUGUAUAUUAUCAUAAGGAGUUCUAUAUAUUGCCAUAAAAUAUCAUCUUAGCAGUUUAAGUAAAUAAAUCGUUAGUUGUAUUUUAUUUAAUUGUUUAUAAAGUUUAAAAGUGAUAUAUGGUAUACAAGCAAAAAUCAUACCAUAAAAUAAAUUUACUAGCAUUUUAGUACUUAUAAAUCUAUUACUUGAUAUUACUGUUAACAUCCAUUUAUAUGCUAAAUCAUUAUAGGCAAGUUGA